AUGGACGAGGAGGCGGCUGCGAGAAUACGAAAGGCUAGAGAUGUGUUGGAACAAAGGGUUGCCUUUAUUCUUCUCGAGACUCAUAGUAAUUUCGCUGACGUUGGCAAGGAUGAGUUUGCACGCCGAGCCCAAAUCGCAGCGUUGGCAAACAAGGACGCAGGAUCCAGCAAGGGAAGCCAACAGAUUACCAAAUACGCUGGACAAGCAAGCCAGCAAGGGUGCAGCAGCCGAAAGUGA